UUUUUUUUUCCUUCGUUUUUGUUUUUCCUUUUUUUUUUUUCCUUUUUCUUUCUGCUUUCUUUAUCUCAGAUGAUAUCGAAAGGACUUGUCUUUGGACUGCUUCUGCUGCUCUGCGUGACUUAUCACGUCCAGUUGACACACGCAGCGAAUGCCUGUGACCCUGGCAUGUGCACUUGCUCGGGAACUGGGGUUGAUUGCCAAUACAGAUCUCUCACAGCCAUUCCAAGCGGCAUUCCAGUUACCACACGAGCCCUGUAUCUAAGCAACAACCAGAUCGCCAGCAUUCCUGCCUACGCAUUCUCAGGCCUGACUGCGCUGACUUGGCUGUAUCUGGACAGCAACCAGAUCACCAGCAUUUCCGCCUCUGCAUUCUCAGACCUGACUUCUCUGGAACAAUUGAGGAUGGAAGAAAACCAGAUCACGAGUAUUUCGGAUGGCGCAUUCACAGGCUUGACCGCGGUGUUGGAGCUGGGUCUCAACAGAAACCAGAUCACCAGCAUUUCGGCAAACGCAUUCACUGGUCUAACUGGGCUGCAUUUCUUGGAACUAUCCAACAACCAGCUCACCAGCAUUCCUUCCUCUGUCUUCGCAAGCGUGACUACGUUGUUGGACUUGCUCUUGUACAAAAACCGGAUCACUAGCAUUCCCACUUCUGCAUUCACAACCCUGACUGCGCUGAAGACCUUGCGACUCUAUGACAACCCCAUCACAAGCAUUUCGGCCAACGCAUUCGAAGGCCUGUCUGCGCUGACUGUUUUGCACCUGUCGAGCAACCACAUCACCAGCAUUCUACCCUCUAGCUUCACAGGCUUAACUGCGUUGGAAGCUUUACUUUUGGACAAAAACCAGAUCAGCAACAUUCCCGCUUCUGCAUUCACCGGGUUGACUGCGAUGCAGACUUUGUAUCUGGACAGCAAUCGAAUCACCAGCAUUUCCACAAACGCAUUCACGGGUCUGACGGCGCUGACUUAUAUGUAUCUGGACAGCAACCAGAUCACCAGAAUUCCCGCAAACGCAUUCACAGGUCUGACGGCGCUGACUUAUCUGACGUUGGAAGACAAUCCCUUCACCACGUUGCCCCCUGGUCUCUUUAAGGGAUUGCCAAAUGGCUUGGCGUUGGCGUAUUCAUUCCAAUAUCUGAGCCCCAACAAUUUCACCUUUGGUGGAAACACUGUUGCUCCCCCAAGCACCUACGGCAAUGCAUCGUAUCCAUACAAGUGUGAUACAGCCUGUGCCACCUGCUAUGCUUCUGGGUCCGGCGCGUGCUGCGGGAUCAAUAGUCUGACCUGCACUUCCACCGAUCCCUGCACUCAGUGUUAUGAAGGUUAUGGCAUGAUGACUGGAUCUUGUGUUCCACCCGCUUCAAAUGCCUCCAUCGCGUCCGCCUCCAUUGCAUCUCUUGUUGCCGCGACCUCGGCUUCUGCUGCCUCCAUCGCGUCUACGCAAUCCGCCUCCGUUGCGUUGCUUGUUUCCGCGACCUCGGCUUCUGCUGCCUCCAUCGCGUCGACGCAAUCUGCCUCCGUUGCGUCGCUUGUUUCCGCGACCUCGGCGCUCUCGGCUUCUGCUGCGUCAACCGCAUCCGCAUCUGCUGCCUCCGCUGCAUCUUCCAUUGCACAACUCGGCUCCCAAGAUUCCUCCUCAUCUUCAGUUGUCGUCAUCGCUGCAGCAGCAGCUGCUGCGUCUGUUGCAGUGAUUGCGCUCAUUGCAGUGGUCUUCAUCGUGAUGCGACGCCGGCGCUCCCACCGUCCAGUCAUGCAACCGAAGGACCCUGCCAGUCCCGUCAUCGAUCAGACGACAAUUGAAAUGACAAUGUCUCCUCUGGCCCAUUCGAAUGAAUCUCGCAUCGAGGAUGACGGCACAACCUCCGCCAAGCCCAGCCCAAAGCAGCCAGAAUCGCAGAACGCUGCCGAUCCCGUGUAUCUGAUGAAGUGACAACUUCCCCUCAAAACCAUUCGGCUGGAGCUCACGA